UGGCGGAAGUGGGAGCUGGUUGGCACCUUCGCAGCAUUUGCUGACCGGAAGUGGCAGUGUGCUGAGAACUUUCCAGCUGUUGUUGGUGACAUUUGGGGGGAGAUGAGCGCCUUUGACCUUUUUAGGAGAUUCUUUGGGCCCCCUGGGAUGAGGGAUCCGUUCUUUGGAGGGAUGACUCCGGGAGACGAGGAGGAUGACGAUGAUGAGGAUGAAGACUCCUCCUUCCACGGCCCCUCCGGUUUCCACUCCCCCUUCUGGGGCGGCCGCCCCCCUUUCCAGGACCCGUUCGGCUUCGAGGAAAUAUUCCGGGACUUCAAUGAACUCUUCUCCGGUUUUGGCGCGGUGAUGGGCGAUGUUCCCCGGUUGCCGGAGAUCCAACCACCAAGACCGAGUCCAGAGGGGCCCCGAGGCGGUUCUCUGCGAGACUUCAUGUUGAAAUACCCGGACUCCUUCCUACCCAAAGAGCAGACGCCACCUUCCCAGAACUCCCCUACAGAGGAGGGGCCUCCACUGCCAAGCGCGGCCCCCCGAGACAGGAGAGGAUGGCUGGAAGAUAAUGGCUCAGGGGGCUCCAAGCAGGAUAAAGUUCUAGAUUCGGAGGUCUCCUCCCGUGGUUUGGACUCUGUCCUCAAACCACAAGCGCCGCCGUCCUCAUCCUUCUUCCGGAGCGUCUCCAUCUCCAAAGUCAUGAGACCCGAUGGGACGGUGGAGGAACGGCGGACGGUGAGGGACGGUCAGGGUAACACAACCACCACGGUGACGGUGACUAGAGGCGAUGAGGUCAUCAGCAGCGGGAGCCCCGAUGCCCCCCGGGAUUCCAUUGUCGGUCCCCAGGACUCCGCCCCUCUCCACCCACUUCCGUCCCUCCCAGAUCUCUCCGAUUCGCAGACGAUCCUGAGCCGCCUCCUACACCGAUGGUUCUCUGACCGAUAAGCUCCACCCCCCUUGGCCCUCUGAGGUCUCAGGACUCCUAUGGAAGAUCCGGAUAAUCUCAUUAUUAUUUUGGGACGUAACAGCCGGGGGCCCCCCCUCCCCUAAUAUGUGGCCUUUCCGUAGCCUGGAACCCCCCCCCCCCCCAAGAGAUGUGACAAGCCAGGGGGGGGGGCUUCUUUCAUUUAUUUGUCACAAUGUAAAUUUUGAAUUUGUAUAAAGUUGUUGUUGAACUCAC